AUGCCCGGCUUUCAGAAGCAGGCCACCAGCCUGCCCUUUGGCCAGCAGGUGCCUCUCGCUUCCGUAUCUGGCCCAACCUACGUGACAGCUCAGCUGCUCGUGCAGCAGAUCGCCUACCAGCUGUCCGACAAGAUCUUCUCCUACUCCCCCGAGACCUUUGACUUGGACGCCUCCCUCAAGCACUGGGCUGCCGCGGGCGACAAGAACAUCCACGACGCCGUCACCGAUGUCCUCCCCCUCCAGAGCAGGACCGGUGCUGGUGCCCUCGCCCUGGGAUAUAUCUUCUCGCCGGACUUUGACGUGACCAAGCGUCACAUCCCCCAGUCUCUCGUCGCCGCCUCGGGCAGCCUGCAGCAGCUUCGCAACAGCCUCGACCAGCUCUCCCUCCUGUACGGUGUAUCGAGCCCCCUUGUCGCCCAUGUCGCGGCCGCCGACUACUCGGCCAGCGAGGGCAUCGUGACCGACUACGACACCCCUCUGCGCCUCGCCGAGGAUCUGGGUCUUGGCCUCGUCUCCAGCACCUCCACCUACGAGGCCCAGCACAUGUCCAUCUUCUCGACCCUGCUGGCGUCCCUCAUCCCGACCUUGCACGUGUACGAUGGCGUUCGUGUCGCUCGCGAGACUCUCCGUGUCGUCGAUGCGCUCAGCCAGUCCGGCGUGGCCGACCUGUACAACAAGCUCUUCGCCGAGGUGGGCAAGCUGAACAAGCGCCUGGACACCGCUGGCAAGGUCGUCGAGCUGCUCAAGCUCUUCAACGAUGAGCUGGGCACCAUCUACGAGCCCUUUGAGUACCAUGGCCACGAGACCCCCGAUGUGGUCCUCGUGACCUUUGGCAGCGUGGAGGGCCAGACCGCCAAGCAGGUCCUCAAGAAGAUCUCAGCCGAUGGCGCCAAGGCCGGCGUGAUCAACGUCCGCGUGUACAGGCCCUUUAUCGAGGAGGCCUUCCUCAAGGCCAUCCCUGCCUCGGCCCGCACCAUUGCCGUUCUCGGCCAGGUCCAGAACGAUACCGCUGUCAACGACGAGGCCGUCCAGUCGGCUCUGUACGGUGAUGUGCUGACCACUGUCGCCUUCUCCGACAAGUUCGCCGAGCAGCCCGAGGUUCUCGAUAUCAAGUACACGCCUUCUCAGGCCAUCACUCCUCAGGGCAUCGUCGACACCCUGCACAAGAUCUUUGACAAUGGUGGCGAGAGCAAGAAGCUGCCCUCGCUCAUCCAGGCCAGCGAGUACACCUUCUGGGACGUGGAUGACUCCGCCACCCUCAACUCAGCCGCGGCAGUUGGCACUGCCCUCGCCAAGGAGUCCCGCAGCAAUGUGUACGUCUACGAGUCGUACGAUAACCUCACUCAGGGCGGCAUUGUCCGCACCGACCUGCGCGCCUCCAGCAAAGCUCUGGAGGCGCCGUACGGUGUUGACGCCGCCGAGGUUGUGGUUGUCUCUGACGACCGCAUCCUCAAGUCUGUCGAUGUCACAAAGGGUCUGGCCGAGAAUGGAUCGGUGAUCCUGAAGCUCGCCAACUUCAAGGAGGAUGAGAUUCAGAAGCGUCUGCCUGCUUGGUUCCUCAAGGCCCUCCACGAGAAGGCCGCCCAGCUUCACGUGCUCGAUAUCUCGUACUCGCCCGCGUUCGAGAAGGAACCCCAGUCCACGAAGCUGCUCUUCGAGCUUGCCUUCCUCCGGAUUGCACGCCCCGAGGUCUCAUCCGAGGAGUUCUCCAAGCUCAACCGUGUCGAGGGACACCCACCCACGCAUGAAGAGUGCAUCGAUGCGCUCAACCAGUGCGUCCGCAAGGUCGAGGUCUCCCCUACGUGGGCCGAGGUCGACGCUGAGUACACCGACCCUCAACUGCCCUCCACCAUCCAGGCCAACAGCUUCGUCGCCUACCAGAAGGAGGAGGUCGAGGAGGCUCUUGAGCUCAGCGAUUGGCAGGCCGUCGCCAAGGGUCUAGUCUUCAAGGAGGCCUACGGGACACGCACCACCCUCCGCCCCGAUCUCAACGUCAAGACAGGCACCAUCACGGUCAAGGAGAACCGCCGCCUCACUCCCCAGGAGUACGACCGCAACAUCUUCCACAUUGAGUUCGACCUUGGUGACUCGGGUCUCAACUACAAGAUUGGCGAGGCGCUGGGCAUCCACGCCGAAAACGACGAGCCCCAGGUCCUCGCCUUUAUCGAGUCCUACGGUCUCAACGCCACCGACAUUGUCCAGGUCCCCAGCCGCGAGGACGUCAACCGGCUCGAGUCGCGCACCGUCUUCCAGGCCCUGCGCCAGAACGUCGACAUUCUCGGCAAGCCGCCCAAGCGUUUCUACGAGGGCCUGGCCGAGUACGCCACGGAUGAGGCCCAGAAGAAGAAGCUCGAGCAGCUCGCCGGCGCCGAGGGCGCCGACGAGUUCAAGCGUCGCAGCGAGGUCGACACGUCCACCUACGUCGACAUCCUCGAGGAGUUCACCUCGGCCCGCCCCAGCUUCCACGAUCUGCUCAAGAUUGUCAGCCCGCUGAAGCGUCGCGAGUACUCCAUUGCGUCGGCGCAGGCCGUCACCCCGACCUCCGUCGCCCUCAUGAUCGUCGUCGUCGACUGGGUCGACCCCAAGGGCCGCACCCGCUAUGGCCACGCCAGUCACUACCUUAGCAGACUCACGCCCGGCACGCCCGUCACGGCCUCGGUCAAGCCAUCGGUCAUGAAGCUGCCCACCAACGACAAAGCGCCCCUCAUCAUGGCCGGUCUCGGUACCGGCCUCGCCCCCUUCCGUGCCUUUGUCCAGUACCGGGCCAUGCAAAAGGCGCAGGGCAAGGAGAUUGGUUCAAUUCUUCUGUACCUUGGCUCCCGUCACCAGCGCGAGGAGUACCUCUACGGCGAGGAGUGGGAGGCGUACCUCGCCUCGGGCGUCGUCACGCUCAUUGGCGCCGCCUUCUCUCGUGACCAGCCGCAGAAGAUCUAUAUCCAGGAUCGUAUGCGCCAGACGGUCCGCGAUAUCGUGCAGGCCUACAUCAAGGAGGAAGGAAGCUUCUAUCUCUGCGGUCCCACGUGGCCCGUCCCGGACGUCACCGCCGUGCUCCAGGAGGCCAUCGCCCUGGAUGCCAAGGCCGCCGGUGCCAAGAAGGUCGAUCCCGUCAAGGAGAUUGAGAAGCUCAAGGAGCAAGGACGCUACGUGCUCGAGGUGUACUAG